GAAUUCAGUAGAACGACAUUCGUUUUGUAAUGUUUUGUAUAUUUGCUUUACCCUACAUAUGCUAUAAUGAACGAAUUGUAAUAACAAUUUAAGCGCAUGCGCCCUUUAAAUACUGUUCUCUUGUGAUUUUCGAAAAGUCCAUAACGAAGCUAAUACAGAUUAAUAUUUUUGAAAAUUAUAAGUAUUAGUCUCUAAACCAGAUAAUAUAUAUUUAUAUAACCAUUAACUGAGUUCCCGCUUUGUCUGCAAGAAAAAAGUUAAAAAUCAUAUGUUUCUACUUUCGGAAAAAAGGAAAACUUUAAACGUAUUUGACAUUCAAUGUGGUUGGCAACUUUGUUAUCUGCUAUAACGGUUUUCAUCCCCAUUCUGUGUGAAACUACCCAUCAUUGACCCCCAUUCUAUCCAUACCCCCUAAAUGAUUUGUCAAAAAGGAAGACUGAAAAUCGUUUACUCAGGUUGAAUCAUCUACAUUAGCAAAAAGAAAUUGUGUCUUCCGCAUAAUCUAUUUCAUUAGUUUUCACAUACCUAAAGAUCGCGAAAAAACCAAGUUGAAACUAAAUUAAGUUCUGUAAGUGCGUAUUUACAUUACAACAAAAUGGAGGAGUUGUGGCACAAAGCGUGUAAACACUUUGCUAUACCCGAGGAUGUGGCCAAAAGCUGGUACACACGUAUAAACCAACGACUUAACGAAAGCCACUCCAAGCGUUAUUAUCACAAUUGGAAUGAAAUGAUGCAACAUAAAUACGAGCAUCUGCAGCAUUGUAGACCUGCAUUAGUAUUGGCUGCAUUCUUUCAAUAUUACUCAUAUGACGGUGUACAGCCUUGUGUGAAAGGAAAUUGUGCAGCUUUUGAAGAAUUUUGCUGCGAUGCAUCGUUGGAUGAUGUAGAAACUAAGAACUUAAUAUUAAAACUUUUGGGUGAUAAAUCUGCAGAUAGUGAGCUGGAAAGUACAUGGGAAGAAGAUGCCAAUUUACUACAGGAUUUGGAUCUAGCUAUACUAGCAGCAAGCAGUGAAAACUAUAACCGAUAUUGCCAACUAUUACGCAAAGAAUAUGGUCACAUGAGUGACGAUGAUUAUAAAAAUAUGCGUUUGAAGGUACUUCAAACGUUACUAAGUAUACCAAAUAUAUUUUCAACCACGCAAUUUCAAACCCGUUUUGAAGCAACAGCGCGUGCGAAUAUGAAAGAUGAAAUAAGCACACUAAAAGCAUAAGCCUUUAUGCAAUUUAGCAAUUUUGUUUCGUAAACUGCUCUACUCACGUGUAUGUAGGUGAUUCUUAAAUUUGAAUUACGUGUUUGAUUAGAUAUUUACUCUUGUAUGGCAUUCAAAUGUACUCAUAUGUUGAUAUUAAAAGGAUAAUGUUUAGAAAAUGCAACUCAAUCAAAUGAAAGUUAACGUGAAAUUAAAAACAAUAUACAUUCAUACAUAAAAUAAAUAUUUAGCUAGUUUUUCGAUUGCGUAUUAUGUAGUGCGGACAUAAUUCACGCACUUUUAUUAGCGUGUUGAGUGUUAAAUUAAUAAACAAAUUUAUUUAAUUCUCAACGGUGUCAAAUUGAAAUUGUUGGUAGAAACAUGGAGCCCACCUAGUACAUGUAGACCAGCUUAAUAUAUAAUAACCUUGCUAUACCGCCACAAAAGCACAAAAAUUAGUCUCUAUAAAAUUCGAAUGUUGUUUAAUUACGUCUGUAUUUAAUGUAUGUAAAAUAAUUGAAAUAAAUAUAUAUAGAAAUGAUGAAAUGUGUUUGAUUUAUCUAACGAUCAUUUGUCAUAUUGGUGAAAUGGAAUAAAUAGCAAAAUGUGAGCUAUGGAAAAUAUACUUUUUCUCCAACUUACAGUUUUGUUUAUUUAUUUUAUUAUCCAAAAAAGGACAAAUGUAAGAUUACUGUUAUGCGCAUCGGAUGGGUAGGUAUGUAAGCAACAAAUGAAGGUUUGGCUUGCUGUAAAAGUCAUGGUGUAAAAGCAAAUUUGCGCCUACUAUACUCAUUAGCAGUCCAUGCCUUAGCUUGUUGCUUAACUGGUAAGUAAAAUUGUUUAAUAAAAACCUUAUUAUUUCUUUGCAAAUUCUUUACUCGUAAUGACAUAUACUAACUAUCUUACUUUCAUUACAUUUAUGCACUU